GGGGGAGGGGAACCUGGGUACCGGCAGAGAACUCACCAUAGCUCCCUAGGCAUGUUUGUGUGGAGUGAUGAGAGGGUCCAAAAAAACCUUUCUUCAUAAUACAUUGUUUUCACUGAAAGUUUCAAACUUACACAAAGGCUCUGUGUCUCCCUUGUCUGCAGAUGCCACAUCUGUGCAUGGGAGGCUGGUUCACAGUGGACUGGAUGGUUCCUAAAGGCCAGCCGACCAAUCAAGUAUCUGAUGAGUGCAUGAGAAAUUUCAGGAGCCAACAGCAAGGGAGUAAAUUGGAAAUGUUACAAUCUCCAGUCACAGCCUGUGAUCUCUGGGUGCACACCGUGGACUCCUGGUGUCAGGAACUGGAGGUCCAGCAUGAGGAGAGACUAGAGAUGUGGAGGAGGGAAAUGGGUAGGCUGGGCACAGCUUACACAAGGGUUGUUCAGACAUAGGAGUAGGCCACUGAGGUGGCCACCUACAGUGUGGAUGAGGCAAAUCAUGUCGCUGCAGAGCUCAACAAGGUGCAGUACCAGGAAAGAAAUUUCAUGCACAUGAUUCUGAACUGCUUGGUGUCCACAUCUGACCCCCUUGACUCAUGCCCAGUCCCCCACAACAUACCAAACCACACCAUCUUCAGUCUUGAUCUUGGAGGUAUAUCUGCUAUUGUACUGAAUGGAUAUGACGCAAUAAAAGAAUGCCUAGUUCAUCAAAGUGAAGUUUUUGCAGACAGACCAUCCCUUCCUUUGUUUAAGAAAAUGACAAAAAUGGGAGGGUUAUUGAACUCCAAAUAUGGCAGAGGUUGGACAGAGCAUCGCAAGUUGGCUGUAAACAGCUUUCGUAUUUUUGGAUAUGGUCAAAAGUCCUUUGAACACAAAAUCUCAGAAGAAUGCAUGAUUUUUCUUGAUGCCAUUGAUACAUACAAAGGCAAACCGUUUGAUCUUAAGCACUUAAUAACAAAUGCAGUCUCAAACAUUACUAAUUUGAUACUUUUUGGAGAACGGUUUACAUAUGAAGACAUUGAAUUUCAGCACAUGAUUGAGAUUUUUAGUGAAAAUAUUGAAUUAGCUGCUAGUGCUGCAGUAUUCUUAUAUAAUGCUUUCCCCUUGAUUGGCAUCUUACCCUUUGGAAAACAUCAACAGUUGUUUAAAAAUGCAGCUGAGGUCUAUGACUUUUUGAAUGACCUCAUUGAGCGAGUCUCUGAAAACAGGAAGUCUCAGUCACCUCGACAUUUUGUUGAUGCAUAUUUAGAUGAGAUGGAUCGAAGUAAAAAUGAUCCUGAAUCUACAUACUCAACAGAAAACUUAAUUUUCUCUGUUGGAGAACUUAUCAUAGCUGGCACAGAAACCACCACAAAUGUUCUAAGAUGGGCCGUAUUGUUUAUGGCUCUUUAUCCUAACAUACAAGGGCAAGUUCAUAAAGAAAUUGAUUUAAUCGUGGGUCCAAACAAAACACCUUCUCUAAAAGAGAAAUGCAAAAUGCCUUACACCGAGGCAGUUCUACAUGAAAUUUUAAGAUUCUGUAAUAUAGUUCCACUAGGUAUUUUCCAUGCAACCUCUAAGGAUACAGUUGUGCGUGGUUAUUCUAUUCCUCAAGACACUACAGUAAUUACAAACCUCUAUUCCGUGCACUUUGAUGAAAAAUAUUGGACUAACCCAGAAGUGUUUUAUCCUGAGAGGUUUUUGGACAGCAAUGGGCAGUUUAUCAAGAAAGAUGCGUUUGUUCCUUUUUCACUAGGAAGAAGACACUGUCUUGGGGAACAGCUGGCCAGAAUGGAAAUGUAUUUGUUUUUCACUUCAUUACUUCAACGGUUUCACCUUCAUUUUCCACAUAAUUUGAUUCCAGAUCUCAAACCAAGAUUGGGAAUGACAUUACAGCCACAGCCAUACCUCAUCUGUGCUGAAAGACGUUGAAGAAAAGUGGCCUAGACUUUCAGCUGAUGUAAAUUGGCCUAGCUCCAUUACAUGUAUGGAACUACACCAGUUUACAGCAGUUGUGAGUCUGGCCCCAUUUUUUAUUAUUUGUAAAUCCACUCUCACCAGAUGAAUUCUGAGGAAUAAAUUGGAGGACUUGAAAAUAAAUUCUGUCUUCUUACGUAUAGAUUUAUGUUUCUCUUCUUACACAGUUACACAGAAAGGCAGAAUGUAUUACUCCUGAUACUUCUAAAGAUUCUUCACUCAUUUCUAAAACCAACUUGGCAUCUCAUUUCAACUUUUGAAAAAUUUAUCAUUAUAACCCCUCCUCAAAGGUUUAAAAAAACUUCAUUAAUAUAUUUUGUAUUAAAAACAAAACUUGUCUUUAUAGUCCUUUAUUAAAAUGUAAAACCCCAAACUGUUUUUAUAAAAAUCCUUUCAAAGUAGAUGAUUCUUAAUUCAGUGCGUGUCCUCCAGAUUUGACAAAUUCCUUCUGGUCCAUUCACAUCAGUCUUCACUGCUGCAAAGAUUAUUUUCUGGUUUCUUACUUUGAGCACAUCACCCUGCUUUUUGCAUCUUUCAAGUUCUCUUCAUUUUCCACUUCAUCAAAUAACUACACAUCUUAACUUUUAAGGCUUGUUUUUAUUCUAUUUAUUCUAUCUACACUGUCAGGAGGUUGACUGUUUUCCAGCACUUGACAGUCCAUGAUUUCAAACAAAAGUACCUUCAUGGUUCCUCCCAUGCCAUCCUGUCUCCCUUGGAGGAAGUUUUCCUUUUACACCUCAUUGUCUUGUUCAGAUUGUUUUUAAAACUCUCCACUAUGUGAUGCCUACAAAAAACAACAGUAGUUACACAUUAAUGGUUGCAUAUUAUUCUGACCAGUAUUUUAUUAUUACUUUGUGCUCCUGUGUCUUUUUGUCCACCUGGUAUCUUUCAUCUUAGACUUAUAUUACAAACUUUUUAGGCAAGAGGCCAUUCUUUUUGUGUGUGUAUGUACAGUACCAAUCACUCUAUGGUCCUACUUCAUGAUUGGAUCCCCCUAGAGCAUCCCAGUAAUAACAAUAA